UCCCAACAAUUCAACAAUGGAAAUCUCAUGACUGAAUGCUGCCUAGAAACAGGCAAAAGAUGAAAGCGCGAGGUAGAUACCAGAUUCACGACUCCACUGACAAUCCACUCAUGGCUGCCAUCCACAUCUACUCCUUGAACAUAUUCAACCGGGAGGAGGAGAGUGUGGAGUGGAUGUGGAAGAUGCUCUAUAUCGCGGAUAGCAACAAGAAGGCAGAAGCCAUGGCGAUAGCCAUAGAGUUGUCUUGGGUAAUCUGAUGCUCUGUACAGUGGCAGCUGUACGAGCUUCAAACUAUGAACUGCAGAGUGGUAAUACGUAUUGUAAAGUAACCAAAUAGUUUGAAUAU